AGGAUUUAAAGGCUCAACAUGGAUUCUGUUUUCAUGACUGUAAAGCUGUGAAGCAGGUUUUAAAACAGCAGCCUGAACACAUCAGGUGUAUGGUUUUAUUAGCUCUGUGUUUUAUGUCUUACACCUCAUGUUUGUGGUUCAGGGUCCUCCAGGAGCUCAGGGAUACAGUGGACCAAGAGGCUUUAAAGGCAGACGGGGAUUUGCAGGACCUCCAGGAUUUGAUGGAGAGCCCGGUGUGCCAGGAAAUCCAGGAGAGCCCGGACCUCCAGGCCAGAACGGCCCUCCUGGGGCCAACCUACUGUCUCAGAUGGCUUCAGGGUUCAAUGAGAAGUCUGUGGUGGCUCAGAUGGUGUCAGGAACAAGAGGUGAAGCAGGACCAAGAGGACCUUCAGGGACGCCUGGAGCACCUGGUCCGAGUGGUGGUCAGGGAAUUCCAGGAGAUGCAGGAGAUGCAGGACCAAUGGGUGAGCCGGGUCAUCGAGGACCUGAAGGGCCGCCUGGAAAACCCGGACCAGAUGGAGAACCUGGACCUGCAGGCGCUACAGGAGAACCAGGAUUCUCAGGAUCAGCGGGUGCGAGAGGAUUUCCAGGACUGCCAGGUAAUCCAGGACUGAAAGGUCACAAGGGACAUGGUGGUCUUCUGGGGCCGAGAGGAGAGUCUGGAGCGGCUGGAACCAAGGGUACAUCUGGUACUCCGGGUUCGAUGGGUGCUCCAGGUCCUCUGGGACCAGCAGGGAUGCAGGGAGAAAGAGGGAGGAUCGGGCAGACUGGUCCUGUGGGAAAACGUGGAACAUCCGGGCACGUUGGCAAACCAGGACCUCUUGGUCCGUUGGGAAUCUCCGGAGUGCCAGGUUUCCCUGGUGGUCCAGGAAUGAAGGGUGAAGCUGGACCCACAGGGGUCAGAGGAAGUUCAGGACCACAGGGACCCAGAGGAGACGGAGGUCACGUGGGACCACCUGGAAAAACAGGACAGCAGGGAGCCGAGGGAACCGAUGGAACUCCAGGACCUCGAGGCCAAGCAGGUCUUGUAGGUGUUCAGGGUCCAGCAGGGUUGUUAGGCCCUCAUGGUCCCCCUGGCCCUCAGGGGACUACAGGAACACCAGGACCAAAGGGACAACUGGGUGAUGUCGGCGUGGCGGGAUUCAAAGGAGAUGGAGGAUCCAAGGGAGAAAGAGGCGAUCAUGGUAUUCCUGGUCCAUUGGGUCCAAUGGGAGAUGACGGGAAGCGUGGACCCCGAGGUGAUGGUGGAGACGUUGGGCCUGCAGGAUCUACAGGAGAGUCUGGAGCUCCAGGAAACAGAGGGUUCCCCGGAGCUGAUGGUCUACCAGGACAGAAGGGAGCUCAGGGUGAAAGAGGAGUUCCAGGGUCACUUGGCGCCAAAGGUUUAUCUGGAGAUCCAGGACGUGGUGGAGAGCCUGGUUUGACAGGAGCUCGGGGUCUGACAGGACUCAUCGGUGCCCAGGGAGCAGAAGGAAAGCAAGGACCGAUGGGCUCAGCAGGAGACGAUGGCAAACCUGGAUCAGCUGGUCCUGCUGGAAACAGAGGUGCUGCUGGACACAUGGGCCUGCCUGGACCAAAAGGAUUCACCGGAGAUGCUGGGAAGAUCGGAGAGGCUGGCAACGCUGGACCUCCAGGUCAAAGGGGAGUGAACGGAAAAGAUGGAGAGACAGGCGCUGCUGGUCCGACAGGCCCGGCUGGUCCUGCAGGAAAGAGAGGAGAGCAUGGAGCACAGGGACUCAACGGUUUCCAGGGUUUGCCCGGUCAGCCAGGCCCACCUGGAGAGUCAGGAAAGCCAGGUGAUGAGGGUCUUGCUGGAGAGGCUGGAACUGGUGGAGGAACUGGGCCCAGGGGAGAACGAGGCCCUCCAGGAGAGAGAGGUGAAAUCGGACCUAACGGGCUGCAGGGACCCAAAGGUAGUCCAGGUGGACCAGGCCCAGAUGGACCAAAGGGUAACGCGGGUGUCGCUGGUGGUGUUGGAGAGGCUGGCAGUCCAGGACUUCAGGGGAUGCCAGGAGAGAGAGGAAUAUCAGGACCAUCAGGCCCCAAAGGAGACUCAGGUUCUGUUGGAGACAAAGGACUGGAGGGUAAAGCCGGAGCUGACGGUGCACGGGGUCUACCUGGACCUGUUGGACCUGUUGGUUCUGGAGGACCAAACGGGGAGAAGGGGGAACCUGGACCAGCAGGACCCACUGGACGCAGAGGAACAAGAGGAACACCUGGCUCCACCGGUGAACCUGGCUCUACUGGUCCUGCUGGCUUCCAAGGACCGGCUGGUGUUGACGGUCAGCCCGGGGUCAAAGGUGAAACAGGUGAGCCUGGCCUGAAGGGAGAAGGAGGAUCACCAGGACCUCAGGGGAUGGCUGGGAAACCAGGAGAGCAGGGACCUGUUGGCGUCACUGGACUGAAAGGUGGAAGAGGAACGCAGGGACAAGCGGGAUCUCCUGGUUUCCCUGGACUGCCUGGAGGAAUUGGACCAGUCGGCUCUCUCGGUAAUGUUGGAGCUGAUGGGCCAAUUGGAGAACCAGGAAAGCCUGGUCCUGGUGGAAUUCUAGGAGAACCAGGAGCGAUGGGACGUCAAGGAGAGAGGGGAACUGCAGGAAUACCCGGAACCCCCGGAGAGAAGGGAGACUCAGGAGAGGACGGACCUGCGGGUCCUGAUGGACCUCCAGGACCUUCUGGUACCACCGGACAAAGAGGUAUUGUGGGUCAGCCUGGAAGCAGAGGAGAGAGAGGCAUGCUGGGACUGCCGGGUCCAGCCGGUCCACCAGGCAAAAACGGAGCUACUGGAGUUCAGGGAGGCAUGGGGCCUUCUGGGGGAGUCGGUUUACCAGGAUCCACGGGACCCAGAGGAGAUGCAGGCCCUGAGGGUCUCUCCGGAGCAGAGGGGCCUCCUGGAAAGGACGGACUCGUAGGAGAGCGGGGAGACAGGGGUACUUCUGGUCAAGAGGGUCUGCCUGGUGUUACAGGGUCUACUGGACCUGAGGGGCCUGUGGGACUGACAGGAGGUCCAGGGCCCAUUGGUGACACUGGCGGCAGAGGAUCAGCUGGACCCCCGGGGGCGGAUGGAGUACGAGGAAAAGUUGGCCCUCAAGGACCACAGGGAGAGAAAGGAACUGCUGGAGAUACAGGAGAGAGGGGUCAGAAAGGACACAGAGGUUUCACAGGACUCCACGGUCUGCCAGGAACAACUGGUCAAACAGGAGAGCCAGGAUCUACAGGUAUUGUUGGACCAAUCGGGCCGAGGGGUCCUCCGGGCGUGGUGGGCCCUUCUGGAAAGGAAGGAAACAUCGGUCAUCCUGGACCUCAGGGUGCUCCUGGAAGCAGAGGCUCCUAUGGUGAUCUUGGAGAACAGGGCCCUGAAGGUGAACCUGGACCACCCGGCCCCCCAGGUCCUCCUGGACCUCCCACAGCAGCUGUUGAAGACUUCUACGUCCCCUCCUACGACUACGACGGAAACGGCGGUGUUCCAGAAGCCGUGGAGUUUGUCGAGGACGACGUGGCUGCUGAUCCUCCUCCAGCUCUUCCAGAGAUGAACAAAGACGAAGCCCUUCCCAAUAAGAACCAGGCCGUGCUGCGUGCAGACACAGGCGUCCACGCCACUUUGAAGACCCUCAGCGGACACCUGCAGAACAUCCGCAGUCCUGACGGCAGCAAGAUGAACCCAGCCAAAACCUGCCAGGACAUCAAGCAGUGCUACCCUCAGAAAACCAGCGGGGACUACUGGAUUGAUCCCAAUCAAGGAAGCAUGAAAGAUGCCAUCAAGGUCUUCUGUAACAUGGAAACUGGUGAAACAUGCAUCUCUGCCAAUCCUGCCAACAUCCCCCGCAAAGCUUGGUGGACAAAAUCCAGUCCUACUGCCAACAAGCCAGUCUGGUUUGGAGCUGACAUCAGCAGUGGAUCUAAAUUCAGCUACGGGAAUAAUGGAGAGCAGCCAAAUGCAGUGGCCGUCCAGAUAAAGCUGCUGCAGCUGCUGUCUAAAGAGUCGCAUCAGAACAUCACGUACCACUGCAGGAACAGCGUCGCUUACCAAAGCGAGAAGAGCAACAGUCUGAAGAAAGCUCUGGUCCUCAAAGGCUUCAACGGUCAGGAGCUGAGAGCGCAGGGCAACAACCGCCUUCGCUACAACGUCAUGGAGGACGGCUGCUCGAACUCGAAUGGAGCGUGGGGCAAGACAGUGUUUGAGUACAGGAGUCAAACUGCGGCCAGGCUGCCAUUCGUGGAUUUGUCACCCAUGGACAUUGGAAAGGCGGAUCAGGAGUUCGGUUUAGAUAUCGGCCCUGUUUGCUUCUCAUAAAAACUCAAAUCCCAAACGCAAGAUGGACAGUAAGAGCUUCUCUCGAGGAGUAACAUCAUCACAACAUUAUUGUUUAAGGACUUCUUUCUUUGAGCGCACGAGUCCACGAAGGUUAGAAGUUUCUUCGCCCUUCUUUACACGUGGCUGCAUUUCCCCAAAACCUGUUAAAGAACAGUGUACUCGAGAAGUGUGUGACUAGUGGGAGGCGAGCAUAAUUUAUUCACCAAUCAAUACAAUGUAAAGGGAAAUGCCUUUGAGUGGAACAGACACGACUAAGGUGCUGAGUGGGGUCUGGAUGGAUCGUAAACUUGCAUAAUCUGGAAAAAAACGAAUUCCUAUCUUUAAAUAAAAGUAUUCACGAGAGAAAUUAAAGCAUCAAAACAACAAGAGCAGGUCAAAGCUUUCAUUUGACCUUUUUUCCAGUAACUGCACGUGAAGAGGUUUGGAUAUGGGGCAUGAGUUCUUCUAGUAACAAGUGUAGAUCUUAAUUUUAAUGGAAUAAAAGAUGCUUGAACCUAAAUUAUUAAGUUCUGUGCAAGAACUCAUUUAUUCUUUCAACAGAAACACUUUGUAUCUUCUUUAAAAACUACAACUGUAAAUGCAACGUAUGACUGUAAAUUGCAAAAGUAUUUGUUUAUUGUUGACUAUGGAUGUGGAAUAAAUGUCUUCUUUGGAA